GAAGAUAAAAUAAUUAUGUACAUAAAAAAUAUUUUGUAAAAUAUUUCGAAGAAACUGCAAAUUAUUUCAUUAUUUUCUGCUAGAAAUUAACAAUUAAAUUCAAGAAUUCAAAGAAGAAACCUCUUCGGUGUUUCUAACAGCGAGGGAUUGAAAAACCAACCUGCUGAAACGACAUUUCGGUAUCUCCGUUCGUUGCGAACACACGAAUCGUUCAUGUAUUUGAAAAACGAUGUAGAUACGGCGUACAGAUAAACGAGAAAUCCAGAAUUAGGAAUUACCCGGUAAAGAAGUUCAUUAAUGGUUAAAAUUAAAUGGAUCGAUGGAUUCCGCACCACGUAACAUUACCAAGAUGGUCGCGAAAAUGUUACAUGUGUAUUAUAUUCACCACCAUAUUCCUAAUCGUUUUCGGGCCUUCUUAUUUCCGAUGGAUGUUCUACCAUGAGCCGGAAAUCAAAGAUAAUUCUUGCGAACCGGGUGCUAUAUUUUUAAAUUUACGUAAAGAAGCCGACAAAGCUAACGCUAGAGUGGAUCAUUAUCCGGCCUAUACCAAAGAAAGAUACGCUUUGUUUAUCGGUAACGGGUAUUUCGGAAUCCCAUUAAAUGGUGAUUUUUCGUUAUACGUGAAAUCCGGUCGUACUUUAUCGCUGCAUAUACCGUACUAUCCGGAUGUCAAAGUACAAAUUCCUGUUCAGUAUGUGGAAGAAACUGGCGUACAUUAUACCAAUGGAAUCGCCUAUAUUGAUAAAUGCUACGAUAAUAAGAUUCGAGCAACUUAUACGUACUAUGCUCAUCGUACAAUGCCGUCAAUUUUCGUACAAGAAAUAUCCGUUAAGAAUUCGUACAGAGAUAAAUUCGUAUUCGAUUUAGCUCGAAAGGGCCAUUCUACUUGGAGUGGUUCAGUUACUAAAGAAAUCACGCUUUACAACGAAGAUAAAAAAGAAAAAGAAACGUUUGUCGUUAUUACCGGAAAAGUUUUGGAUACUUUUACGGAUAAGAUCUUAAUCGUAUCUGUCGUAACGAGUAAAAUUUCCUCGCAUUUAGAAAUUCCUUCGGUGGAAAUAGUUAAACUGAAGAUAUUAACCAGUAUCUUCUAUACCAGAGUAACCAAAGAUCAAUAUAGUCUAAGAGUGGCAGAAAAUGAAAGAAAGGCCAUCGAUUAUAUGAAAACAGCUCUAAGCAAGCCAUAUUUUGAUCUCAAACAAGACCAUAUAAAUGUUUGGAAUAUGUUAUGGAAUACCGGUUUCUCCAUUAGCUAUUCUAAAGUCUCCGGUGUGCUGAAUGGAGACCAGAUCAACGCUACUAUUUAUAACGUAUUGUCUUCGGUACCUGCUUUAUACCACGAAGAAACCAGUUCAGCGGAAUUAAAAUCUUUCGUUACCAAUAGCUUAUCGUAUGUUGAAGGUUGUUACGCUAGCAAUCAUCACACAUUGGAAGCUGAUAAGUUAUGGAGUAGUAUGGAAACAAUUGAUGAAAUAAACAGCGUUGUUUCCUUGUGGUUAUUGACUUUAGAACAAAAAGGCUGUUACAAUUUGGUGAAAGCCGGAGCUGACGGUGUUAUUCAAGCGAUGGUCUUGAGUUUUGGUAGUUUUCGGUUUAGUAAGCAGCAUUUAGAGUUCAACAUGCAUCCUAGUUUUCUACAUCGAACUUACCAUUUUAGGAGAAUAAACUACGGUAAUCAAACCCACGUCAAUGUGACUGUCGAAGUAGAUGAAAACGACAAAGCUAUAAUUUACGUAGCUUUAGAUCGUAGCGACAAAACGUAUUACGCUUGUGAUGGCGGUUGCCUCGACAGUCCGGUGCCUUUGGGACAAGAACUUUUACAAUUACCUGUAAAAUUGACCAAACCAUUUACUGCCAUUUUAUAUAUUACGUCUGAUAAAAAACACAUGGAAGAAUUACGACAAACACUCCACGUCAAAGAAGUCGCCGAAGCUCCUGCUCAAGAACGUUCGUUAAUUAUAAUGCAUAAACACGGACACCAUCUAGGUGGUCUACCUACCUUCUUUUGGGUCUCGAUUUUCACCUUGAUCGUCAUAUUUCAUUUGUUCCUAAUUAAAUUGAUUUAUAACGAAUACUGGAAUCAAGAUAAAUAUAAACAAAAACAACAAGAAGGUCAAUCAAGAAGUGGCGUGAAAUACAGAUUUUUACAUUAAUCAAAACGCCAGCAAACCUGUGAUCUUUUUUUUCCCC